AUGAAUUCAUCACUAAUAUCAACGGCAGUCCUCUUGACACUGGUAGCAGCUGCUAGUGGACUGCACUGUUGGAGAUGCGGCCAGUACAGUGAUGGAGUCGGCUCUAUCACACCUUGUAAUAACCGAAGUGCCACAAGAUUAGAACAAUGCCCGCCAAAUGCGAAAUACUGCAUCAAAUAUGUGAGCGAACUGACCGUUGUUCGUGACUGUGUGGAGACGUGCAGUGAAAAAGAAUGGUGGGGUGCCCGUACAUUCUGCUGUGAAUCGGACGAGUGUAACGGCGCCUUUUCAACGAAGUCCACAUUCUCUAUCAUCAUGGUUAUCUUCAUCGCGUAUUUUGUGCACUGA